AUGGGUGCAUCAGGCUUAGGUUCUGCUUUAGCAAAUUGCAUUAAUCUCUCAAAUUUGAAACUUGACCUUACUGACAAUUAAAUUGGUGCAAAGGGUGCAUCAGGCUUAGGUUCUGCUUUAGCAAAUUGCACUAAUCUAUCAAAUUUGACACUUUACCUUAAUGGCAAUUAAAUUGGUGAUGAAGGUGCAUCAGGCUUAGGUUCUGCUUUAGCAAAUUGCAUUAAUCUCUCCAAUUUGAAACUUUUUAUUCGUUCUAAUUAAAUUGGUGAUGAAGGUGCAUCAGGGUUAGGUUCUGCUUUAGCAAAUUGCAUUAAUCUCUCAAAUUUGACACUUUUAAUUGGUGACAAUUAAAUUGGUGCAAUGGGUGCAUCAGGCUUAGGUUCUGCUUUAGCAAAUUGCAUUAAUCUCUCAAAUUUGGCACUUCACCUUAAAUCUUCUGUUCAGAAUGGGGCCUCCUCUUUACCUCCUAUCAGAUUUGGCCCUUCCCUCCUACCAAGGAGACCGCUGGAUUCGAACCCCCGAUAUCACUGCUAAGACCCUCCGACUCGCCCACUCGAGCCGCUUAGCCCUUCUUAAAUUGGUGAUGAAGGUGCAUCAGGCUUAGGUUCUGCUUUAGCAAAUUGCAUUAAUCUCUCAAAUUUGACACUUAACCUUAAUGACAAUUAAAUUGGUGCAAUGGGUGCAUCAGGCUUAGGUUCUGCUUUAGCAAAUUGCAUUAAUCUCUCAAAUUUGACACUUUACCUUAUGUAAAAACAGUUUAUUUGUUUUGGAUUGUGA